AUGUCAAAACCAAAAGUUUACAACAUAUUUACAACUUGGUUUUAUGUUUCAGAGUAUGAUAAAGGUAAAGCAAAUGGUUAUGGAGGAAUUGGCUUUUGCUCAGAAGAUAUUAUUGUUAUGAAUAAAGCGUUUCACGUUGCUAAACUGAAUCGAAAAAGUAAACAGUAUAAACCAAUGACUGAAAUGAGAGUGAGUUUUUGGGCAAUUAUUAAAGCAUUGGAACUAAUUUUAAAAGAAUUAAAUCAAAAUAAUUAUGAGGGAGUUCUGUUUAGAUUAUAUACUGAUGCUUCAAAUGCAAUUCGUAAAAUUCAAAAAACAAAAAAACAUUUUAAAGAAUGUGAAAGGAAUAAUAAGGAAUCAGGGAAAGCACCUAAAAAUAGUGAUUCGCUAGUUAAAAUUUAUAAUUUAACUAAAGAAAUUAGAAAAAAAUGUGAUAAAGGUGAAUUAAGAAACUUUGAAUUGCAAUUUAAAAAGCAAAGAGAUAUAAAAAGUUUCAAAUUAGCUAAAAAAUGGGCUAAAGAAGCAGCCGUAAAACAAACAACUGGAAAACAAACAGCUAAAGAAGAAAUUACUGAAGAACAAACAACAGAAUCCGAAACCACUGAAGAAGAAACAGCCGAGGAGGAGACCGCUGAAGAAGAAAUAGCUCAAGAGGAAACAACUGACGAAGAAACACCCGAAGAAGAAACAUCGGAAGAAGAAAACGCUGAAAAAGAAAAUUAUGUUGUUUUCAAUGAUUGA